AUGAACGGGUGGUCCCGAGUGCCAAGUUCGGACGACGCAAUGGAAGCGAGUAAACGUGGAGACGGUCAAACCAUCAAAAUGGAACCUGGAAGCGACCAGAAAAAGCCCAGAAAAAUACCCGCCAUCAGCGUUCCGAUCUGCCGAAACAAACGGGCAGAAAGCCAAUCUGACGUGCAGUCGCACCUGCAGCCCAAGGAAUCCCAUUACGAAUCGCCAGUCACACGGCGCGCACCUUCUUUCCCUUAG